CAGCUCUUCUUUUUAUUAAGAAUUAUUUAUCCAACAGGCACAAUGGCACAAGCACCUGUUUCUGCUGACGUUCUUCAGCAACUUGCUCCAGUUCUUACCAGCCUUUUAUCUACCGAUAAUAAUCAAAGAACUGCUGCCGAAUCCCAAUUAAACGAUCACUGGGUUGCUCAACAACCUGAUCUCUUACUCUUGGGUCUUUCUCAGUUUGUCGCAACUAAUACCGAAGUUCAACUUCGUUCUCACUGCAGUGUUUUGCUCCGUCGUUUAGCCUACAAGCAAUUUACAUCCAGUGCUAAUCCUGAUACACGUCUUUGGGAUAUGGUUCAAGAAACCACCCGUCAAGGUGUUAAGGACCUUUUAUUAGUUGCCCUUGCUAACGAAUCUGAUCAAAGUACUAGACACAAGAUCUCUGAUACUAUUGCUGAAGUUGCCAGAUCUGAUUUAAACGAAGGAGGUAAAUGGGAGACUUUGUUGAAAGCUUUAUUCGAGUGCACUCAAUCUCCUAAUGCCGCUCACAGAGAAUCUGCUUUCCGUAUUUUUGCUUCCGUUCCCGAGCUUAUUGCUGGUCAACCAACAGAUGCCGUCAAGAAUGUUUUCAUGAGUAGUUUGACUGAUCCCGAGUCUCAAGCUGUUCGUUUGGAAGCUAUGAAAGCCGCCGCCGCUUAUAUUAUCCAAGCCGACGAAUCCACCCAAAAGAGUUUAGCUGCUUUAAUGCCCCAUAUGCUCGAGCCUUUGGCACCUGUUAUUGCCAGUCGUGAUGAUCAAACUCUUGUUGAUGGUCUCGUCGUAUUAAUUGAAUUAGCCGAUAGCUCACCCAAACUUUUCCGCCCUCUUCUCAACGAGGUUCUCAGUGUUAUGGUUAACAUUGCCAAGGAUAAGUCUUUUGAUGAUCGUACCCGUCAAACUGCAUUAGAAUUAUUGUUGACAUUAUCCGAAGCUGCUCCUCCCAUGAUCCGUAAGCUUCCUAACUUUGCUCAAGAAAUUAUUCCCGUUGCAAUGGAAAUGAUUACAGAUAUUGAAGAUGACGAGUCUUGGUACACCACCGAAGAUUUGGAAGAAGAUGACAACGAGGAAAAUUAUGUUAUGGGUGAGAGUACCUUGGAUAGAGUUGCCCGCACACUCGGUGGUAAGACCGUUGUUCCUGUUGCUUUCGGAUAUAUCCCCCAAAUGCUUCAAUCUGGAGAAUGGCAACAGCGUCGUGCUGCUCUUAUGGCCAUUUCAUCUAUUGCUGAAGGAUCCAUCAAGAUUAUGAAGCCCGAAUUGAGCAACAUCAUUAACAUGAUUUUACCUUCUUUCAAGGAUGCUCAUCCUCGUGUUCGUUAUGCUGCCUGUAACGCUUUGGGUCAAUUAUCCACUGAUUUCUCUCCUUAUAUCCAAAAGCAUUUCCACGAAAUCAUUGUUUCUUCUCUUUUACCCGUCAUGGAAGAUCCUCAACCUCGUAUUCAAGCUCAUGCUGCCGCUGCUAUGGUUAACUUCUGUGAGGAAGCUGACAAGAAGAUUCUCGAUCCUUACCUUGAUGCUAUUUUUGAACGUCUUUUGAUCCUUCUCAAAACUUCCAAGACUUACGUCCAGGAGCAAGCCAUUACCACCAUUGCUACCGUCGCUGAUUGUGCUGAAGAUAGAUUCAACAAGUAUCACAGCGUUAUCAUGCCUCUUUUGCUCGAUAUUCUUCGUCAAGCUAGCGAUAAGCAAUACCGUCUUUUGCGUUCAAGAGCUAUUGAGUGUGCCUCUCUCAUUGGUCUCGCUAUCGGAAAGGAUGUCUUUGCUCCCUAUACUAUCAGUUUCAUUAACAUCUUGGCUGAAAUUCAACAAUCUGUGACCGAAGCUGAUGAUGUCCAAACCACUUACCUUUUAGCUGCCUGGGCUCGUAUGUGUAAGAUGAUGGGUCAAGACUUCUUACCUUAUCUUCCCAACAUCAUGCCUCCUCUUUUGGCAUCUGCUAAGCUUACACCCGAGUUCACCUUUGUUGAUCCUGAGGAAGAAGAUGUUGAUUCCAAGUACCCUACUGAUGAUGGAUGGGAGUUUGUUGGCAUCAAUGGUCAACAAAUUGGUAUCAAGACUUCUGUUUUGGAGGAAAAGCAUACUGCCAUCGAAAUGCUUGUCAGUUAUGCUCGUGACUUGGGAGCUGGCUUCUUGCCUUAUGUUGGUGAAGUGCUUGAACUUGCCUUACCUUUGCUCAAGUUUUACUUCCAUGAUGGUGUUAGACACGCUGCCGCUGCUCUUAUCCCUGUUCUCCUCAAGGAUGCUAAGGAUGCCAACGUUGCCCCCGCUGAAUUAGCCAACAUGUGGAAUACUAUUUUCGAGAAACUUGUCAAGAUCAUGACAAUCGAAGACGAUAUCACCUUUUUGGCUCAAACCUACUCUACUUUCUCUGAGUGUCUUGAUGUCUUGGGUGAACAUUGUCUUCAACCUGCCCAAAUCGAAAGUUUCGUCAAGGGAACUGAUGAACAAUUAAAGAAGUUCCUCGAACGUUUGACUGAACGUGAACAAGAAAAAGAGGCUGGUGAAUAUGAUGCUGACGAUGAGGAACAAAUGGCUGAUGAAGAAGCUACUGAAGAAGAUGCCUUGAGCGAAUUAGCUCGUGCUAUGCAAUCCCUCUUUAAGGCUUUGGGUCCUAGCUUCUUACCUUAUUUCGAUAAAAUGCUUCCCCUUGUUGUUCAAUUCUUGGCUCAUCCUAAUAACGCUGCUCGUCAAUGGGCCAUCUGUGUUUUCGAUGACGUUGUUGAGUUCACAGGACCUGCUUCUUUCAAUUACUCCAACUACUUCUUGCAGGCAAUGGUUGCUGGUGUCGCUGACAAGGCUACCGAAGUUCGUCAAGCCUCUGCUUAUGGUGUUGGUGUGAUGGGUCAAUUUGGUGGUCCUCAAUAUGCUGACGCUUGUGCUGCUGCUUUGGAGCAUUUGUUUGCUUUAAUCAAUGCACCUGAUUCCCGCGAAGAUGGUACUGUUUAUGUCACAGAAAAUGCUAUCUCUGCUAUUGCCAAGAUCUGUAAAUUCAAUAGCUCCAAAUUUAACUUGGACCCUGUCUUAUCAGCAUGGCUCAACACCUUACCUAUUGUGAAUGAUGACCAAGAGGCUCCUAUUGUCUAUACCUACCUUUUGGAUUUGUUAGAACAAAACCAUCCCAGCAUUUUAGGUCCUAACAAUGCUAAUAUUCCUCACAUCGUCAAGAUCUUUAGCGAAGUUUUAGCUGCUGACAUUCUUCCUGCUGAGAUCUCUGCUCGCAUGGUUAACAACUUGAAGAUUAUCUUGGGUGGUCUUGAUGAAAACACACGUAACCAAUUGUGGAACUCUAUUUCACCCGAGACUAGAUCUAUUCUUCAAAAGAAGGGAUAUGUAUAAAUAAUUUUUCUUUUCUUUCCUUACUGUUUUCUACUCUGUAUUCUUCUUUCCAUAAACUUUUACUAUCUUUUUUUUUUUCUUGAUUUUUAUAUAUAUAUAUAUUGCUGUCAUCGUCUUAAUUUGCAGAAACUACAAUGAUCA